AUGAAGACAUGUUAUUAUGACCUUCUUGAUGUCAAAUCAGAUGCAACCGAUACCGAUCUAAAACGAGCGUACCGUAAAAAAGCAUUAUUGUACCAUCCUGAUAAGAACAGAAACAAUAUAGAAGAGGCUACAGAAGUAUUUGCCCAAAUAAGAGCUGCAUACGAAGUAUUAUCAGAUGCCCAAGAAAGAGCGUGGUACGAUGCACACAAGGACCAAAUCUUAAAUGAUUCAAUAGAUGAUGCUUACGAUUCUGAUGGCUCUAACGUUGUGGAUAGCUCAGUGACAGGAGUAACAACUGAAGAACUAUUGAAAUUCUUUGACGGUGGAAUGUACAGUCGAAUCGAUGAUUCUCCAGCAGGGUUAUAUCAGAUUGGUGGUAAAAUAUUCGCAAAAUUAGCAGGCGAUGAGGUAAGAAAUGGACGAAAACUUGGAAUGGCAGCGUUCAAAGAUGUUGUCGAUGAUACUGUGGAUGCCGAUAUUGUUUCCAUCGGAUAUGUUAAUUCUAUGGAAAAAUACAAGGAAUCAAAUUUACUUCUGCCAACUUUUGGCUAUUCGGGUACAAGUUAUCAGGAAGUAAAAGUAUUCUACAAGAAAUGGGGCAAUUUUAGUACCGUUAAAUCUUUUAGUUGGAAGGAUGAAUACAUGUAUUCAAGGAACUACGAUAGGAGGACGAAAAGGGAAAUUAAUAAGAGGAAUGAGAAGCUUAGAACUCAAGCUCGCAGUGAAUAUAAUAAGACUGUAAAGAGAUUCGUCACUUUCAUCAAGAAAUUUGACAAAAGAAUGAAAGAAGGAGCGAGAAAGCAAGAAGAAGAAAAGAAGUUAAGACUCCAAAAUGCCUUGAAAAGCCAAAUAAGCAAGGACAAAGACGUAGAAAUGUCAAAAAAACAGGCAGAUUUUGCUUUGCAAGACUGGCAAACUAUUGAUCACAACCGAUUACAGGAGAUUGACGAAUAUUACCUAUCCAAAGAUCAAAAGAAAGCGCCAACGGAUGGCGAGCAUCAUAUCAAUAAUGACCUUGAGGAUGUUCUAAUCUAUGAAUGUUUUAUCUGUAACAAGAAUUUUAAGUCCGAGAAACAACUAGAGAAUCAUACCAAUACAAAACUGCACAGGAAACUGCUGCGUCAACUACAAUGGGAAAUGAAACAGGAGAGUAUCGCACUUGGGCUAGACAACAUAUCUGAUGUGGAUGAAUUCAAGUCAGCAUCAGAAACCUAUUCAGAUAAUGAAACUAGUGGAAGCAUACAUCUAUCCUCCCCUGAUGAAUUUGAAGAAAUCGAGGAAAGCGACACAUUUUCAUUUUCUGAUAUAGAUGCGGAAUUGAAAAAAAUUGACGAAGAUCUUGACGCAUUGAACUCAACUGAGUCGAAUAUAAACAAUUUUAUGUUAGAAACUUCUGAAGAUGAUAAACAGAUUUCAGAUGUUGAAUAUAUCAUUGACGAUGAAGUAGAUGAAAAUAUAUCACAAAAGGUAGAAACAAAUAAUGCUACUCAAGUUUCCAAGAAUGAAAAUCAAAAUAAAGACACAGAGCCCAAGGAUGAUUUAGCAAUGCUUCUAGAAUCCUUGAAGAAAGACAACGCAGAUACUUCAUGGGAACCUAAAAAGAAGAACAAUGGUAAAAAAAAUAAAAGCAGAAAAAAGCAGACGAACUCAACAACACAAAUAGAUUCAAACACCACUUCCGGGAACAAUGCCGAGAAUAAAAUUUCGGCAGACAUUGAUAGUUUCAUAUGCUCAACAUGUGGUGUUAAGUUUGAUACUCGAAACAAAAUGUUCAAGCACUUAGAUUCCACAAACCAUGCAGCCCCACUGUCGACUAAUAAGAAAGGAUCCAAGAAGCGGAAUAUCAGGAACAACAGUAAGUAA